UUAUUAUGGGUAAAAAUCUGUAUCACGAUGAUGGUGGUGGUGGUGAUAAUGGUGGUGGUGAAGAUGAUGAUUGCAUUUUACUAUUAACCCUGUACCACUGUCCAUAUCAUUAAUGUUUUCAUUCAUUCAGGAGCAAGGCCACAUCCAUAGUUAGUUGAAUAAUGGCACUCUAGAAAACAACACAUCCCAAUUACUUUAUGACUCAUCUGAUAUUAACCCCAUUGUGGGACCAUUGUGGACUGAGGGAUGCUCCCCAUUCAUAUUCAGGUGUUGCCUUCACUUCUUUACAUUAGCGCUUGCGCAGACCAUCAUGAUUCAUGUCAGAGCGCGAUGAUGGCCUCAGGUCUAUGAUAUAUAAGUCUUGUUUCGAUGCUGUUUUGAAAACGCACUGUUGCAGGUUCAUUGGAAGGCACAAUUAUUGUAGAAGAGAUAUCCUUUUCAUAACAACUUCACAGAAACAUCUCCUGUCACAGUUAAACUCAGAUUCCUCCCAAUCUCCUGAGAUGAAGGUGAAUGUCUUCGUUUUCGCCGUGGCUCUACUUGGUGCCUUCCAACCUCGCUAUGAUUGUAGAGCUAUUGAAACCCCCCGGGCGGUCCAUCCAUCCCACAAUCUACAGGCGGAGCUGCAACAGCAACUCCCUAUUCUUCUGCGACUAGGAGAGGAGUACUUCAUUCGGCUAGACAACUCCAAUCAAAAUUCGCUCCAGUCCUCCUCACCGAACACAUCUCCUGGAGCUGCUGCGCCCUCAACAACGGUCAACAGGGCUUUACAACUUCAGCUCACGCAGCGCCUUAUGCAAGGUAAAGUCGGUGACAUCAAUCGGUUUCUGAACAGCUACGCUAACCAGAUGGGUGAUUCCAUGGAAAUAGGAAAGAGGUCCGGGCCGGGCGAAGAGCCACCGAUCUCUUUGGACCUGACGUUCCACCUGCUGAGGGAAGUUCUAGAAAUGGCUCGAGCCGAGCAAUUAGCACAGCAGGCAAAUAGUAACCGAAAAAUGAUGGACAUAUUCGGGAAAUGAAAGUGUUAGAAACACAUUUGCCAAAUAAUUUGUUUACAUCUUGCAAAGUGUACGGUACUAUUCCAUUUCUGUAUUACUCUUUAAUUGGUUAACGUUCGUUAUUUUAUUUAUAAUUUGUAUUUAUUUAAACGAGAGCUGUAAAAUCGAGUUGUAAUUCCCUGUAUAUUUAUUACAUUGUUUGGUGAGAAGCAAACAUAGCCCGUUGACAUGCUGAAACUGAACAAAUAUCCUUUGUCUUAAAUUAUAUUCAAGCAUAACAUGUUUUGUAUAUACUGUUAGUCACACAUUCAUCCUCUCUUUCUGAAAUUCCCUCUCAUUGUACAACUGGUUAAAGUUUGAUAAUAAAAUACAAUAUGAGCAACCAAUCA